AUGAGCAACAAGAACCGGUUUUCUCGCUCCUUUGGCGGCCGUUCGGACGACGAAAGUGAAGACGAAGAAACCAGGCAGCCUCAAUUCAUCACAGGAUUCGGUGAAGAAGGAAUUGAAUACAAAGACGAAGAGUUUCAGCGCAAGGAGCGCGAGAAGGCAAAACCCAAAGUCAUUCCGGUUCCCUCGUCCUCACAUUGGUUACAGGAAAGGAUUCAGAAACGAGACGAAGGGAGGGAAGGGAACGAGCGAAUUGAAGGGAAGAACAACGGCAACGACAAGAGUAAUGCUUCUCCAAAACCUCCCUCUGUGAAAUAUGGCCUCAACCUACCGUCAGCCUCUACAACCCAUGUCGUUAUCAAACAAACUACAUUGAAGCAACAAACUACAUUGACCCAAAAAGACAUUCCCGAAACCAGCACGGGCGUUGCAGAAACCGUCUCCCAAGAAACGACGACAACAACAAGAGUCGAAGAGUCCACACGCCAGCAACAGCAGCAGCAGCAGCAGCAACAACAACAACUACCAGCAGAAGUUCGUCUCGUGCUUGAAGAAACAAAACGAGAAAACGAUCCGCUUGCUCGGAGCGACUCGGGAAAAGUGAUCUCUGUGGCAUCCACAAAAUCCCCUUCGCCAGAAGACAGUGCUGCCGCACUGUUUAAGAAACAGAUGGGCGAGCUGCCAUCGGCGUCCCAAGUCGAGGAGUAUGCGGAAAUGCCGGUAGAAGAGUUCGGAGCAGCCAUGCUGAGAGGCAUGGGCUGGAACAACGAGUACUCUGCCAAAGACGCAUUCGACGUCAACAGGAGGCCGACGUUCUUGGGAAUGGGAGCCAAGCCCCUAGAGGAAGAGAUUCCCGAACUUGGCAGCUGGGGAAAAAAGAACCCGCGCAAGCAGAUGUACAUCCCGCUUCGAAAGAGACCUUCCGAGAUGGGAAGAACACAGACGGAAGAGGAUGGACGACGAAGGGGGGAGAGCAGCAGAGAACGAAAUCAUGACAGGAGCCGGAGCGGAAGCUAUGAACGGGAACGGGAACGAAACCGUGAGCACGAUGAACGGGACCGACACAGCUACCGGAGGAGCCAUCGAAGUCAUAGAAGCCACAGAAGUUAUCGUGAAGAGAAUCGUGAAGAGAGACACUCUUCCUAUCAUAGCAGAAGAAUUCGAUGA